AUGUCGAAGAGGCUGGUACUGAUAUUAUCAAUAGCGUUUUUAUUAAAAAUCGCAUCUGCCGGCGUCCUGAACAUAAGUGGAUCAGUUGGUUUGUCUAUAGGUAGAAAAGGUAGUCAGGGAUUGUUUGAAAAUAUAGCAGCUACGAUUUCAAGCUUGAAAAAUAAGCUAUUAAAUCUAGGAAACAUUUUAAGUGGUGGAAAAAUAACUUCUAUAUCUAAAACAACUUCAACUACAGAGGCUACUACUACUACUAGCUCUACGAUUAAAAAUGCGGAAAAAUCUGGUGUAACUGCAGCACCUACAACUGGACAUCCGGAAACUUCUUGGAAACAUAUAGCGCCCACAAGUAAUACGUCUGAAACAUUGGGAACUACUAAUCCUGCGAAAACUUCUACUGCUUCUGAGGCAACCGAAAAAUCAACAGCCAAGGCUUCUGAGGGAACUGGAGCACUUACAACUAAAGCUAUUGACGCUUCUGAUGCAACUAAUGUAUCUACGACUGAAGUAACUAAAGCUUCAGAAGAAACGGAAAAACCUACGACUGAAGCUAUUAAAACAACCAAGGCAAUAGAAGAACCUACGACUAAAGCUACUGAAUUUCCUGAGGCAACCCAAGCACCUACAACUAAAAAUACUGAAACUUCCGAUGCAACAGACGCUUCUAUUACUGAACCAAACAAAGUAACAGAAGCAUUUACGAUUGAAGUUUCUGAAGCUUCUGAUGCAUCCGAAGCAACCUCAACUGAAUUUUCUGAAUUUUCUACAGGUUCUGAGUCAACAGAGGCUACUGAAGCCUCUGAAUCAACCGAAGUAACGACAAGGGGAGACAUUAAUGCUUCUGAAACAACCGACAUAUCAGCAACUGAAGCUACUUCAGUUUCUGAGUCGUCCGAAGCAUCUGCAACAAAAGCUACGGAGGCAACCGAAGUAUCUACAAUUAAAACUACUGAACCUUCCGACGCAUCAGAAGCACCUACGAUUGGAGCAAUUAAAUCUUCUGAGGUAACCGAAGCACCAACAAUUAAAGCUACUGAGGCAAACGAGGCACCUAUAGGUAAAACUUCUAAAUCUUUCAAUGCAACAGAAGCAUUUACGACUGAAGUUACUGAAGCUCCUGUAGCAACCGUAGCUCCUACGACUAAAGCAACUAAAGCAACCAAGGCAAAAGAAACCCCUAUGUCUGAAGUUACUGAAGCUUCCGCGUCAACAAAGGCACCCACAAUAGAAGUUAUUCAAGACUCUAAAUCACCCGAAGCAUCGACAAAGGAGAAAACUGAAGCUACUGCAGCUUCUGAGCCAUCCGAAGCCAUCCGAACUGAACUUUCUACUGGUUUUGAGUCAACAGCAGCACUUACGUCUGAAGCUACUGAAGCAUUUGACACGACCGAAGUACCUAGGACUGAAGUUACUGAAGUUCUUGUAGCAACCCAAUCACCUUCGACUAAAGCAAAUAAAGAAGCCGAGGAAAAAGAAACCCCUAUGUCUGAAGUUUCUGAACCUUCUGAGUCGAAAGAGGCACCUACGACAGAAGCUAAUGAAGCCUCUGAAUCGACUGAAGCAUCGACAAAGGAAGAUACUGAAGCUUCCGAUGCAACAGAAGCACCUACGGCUGAAGCUACUGAAGCACCAACAACUAAAGCUACUCAGGCAACCGAUACACCUAACUCUAAAGCAACCAAAGCUUCUGAGGCAUCAGAAGCACUCAUGAUUGAAGCUACUGAUGCUUCUGAAGCUACUGAAGUACCGACAGCUCAAGAUACUGAGGCAACCAAUGCACCUACAACUAAAGCUACUAAAGUUUUCGAUGCAACUGAAAUACCUACGUCAGAAUCAUCAGAACCUUCUGAGUCAACAGAGGCACCUACAACUAAAACUACAGAAGCUUCUGAAUCAACCAAAGCAUCUAAGAAGAAAACAACUGAAAGUUCUAAAGCAACUGAAACAUCUACGACUGAAGCGACUUCAGCUUCUGGGGCAACCGAAAGAUCAACAAAUAAAGAUACUGAGGCAACCAAUGCACCUACAACUAAAGGUACUAAAGCUUCCGAUGCAACUGAAUUAUCUAUGACUGAAGCUUUUGAAGCUUCUGAAGCAACAGAGGCACCCACGACUGAAACUAAUGAAGCCUCUGAAUCAACCGAAGCAUCGACAACUAAAGUUACUGAGGCAACCGAUGCACCUAAUUUUAAAGCAACCGAAGCUUCUGAGGCAUCAGAAGCACUCAUGAUUGAAGCUACUGAUGCUUCUGAAGCUACUGAAGUACCGACAGCUAAAGAUACUGAGGUAACCAAUGCAUCUACAACUAAAGCUACUGAAGCUUCCGAUGCAACUGAAAUAUCUAUGACUGAAGCUUUUGCAGCUUCUGAAUCAACAGAGGGACCUACGAAUGAAGCUACAGAAGCUUCUGAAUCAAUAGAAGCACCUACGAAGAAAGCAACUGAAAGUUCUAAAACAACUGAAACAUCUGCAACUGACGCGACUACAGUUUCUGGGGCAACCAAAAUACCAACAACUAAAGCUGCUAAGGCAACCGAUGCACCUACAAUUAAAGCUACUGAAGCUUCCGAUGCAACAGAAACAUCUUCGACUGAAGCUUCUAAGUCAACAGAAACACCUACGACUGAAGCAACUAAACCAGCCGAGUCAAAAGAAAGCCCUAUGACUGAAGCUAAUAAAGCCCCUGAAUCAACCGAAGCAUCGACAACUAAAGCUACUGAGGUUACCGAUGCACCUGAUUCUAAAGCAACCGAAGCUUUUGAGGCAUCAGAAGCACUCACGAUUGAAGUUACUGAUGCUUCUGAAGCUACUGAAACACAGACAGCUAAAGAUACUGAGGCAACCAAUGCAACUACAACUAAAGCUACUGAAGCUUCCGAUGCAACUGAAAUAUCUAUGACUGAAGCAUCAGAAGCUUCUGAGUCAACAGGGGGACCUAUGACUGAAACUACAGAAGAGUCUGAAUCAACCAAAGCAUCUACGAAGAAAGCAUCUGAAAGUUCUAAAGCAACUGAAACAUUAGCAAUUGAAGCGACUACAGCUUCUGGAUUCUCUAAACGUUCCGAGUCAACAGAGGCACCUACGGCUGAAGCUACUGAAGUUUCUGAAUCAAUCAAUACAUCUAUGAAGGAAGCUUUGCAAGCUUCUGCGAAAACCGAAGCACCAACAACUGAAGCUGCUGACGCAUUUGGCACAACCGAAGUACCGAGGACUGAAGUUACUGAAGCUCCUGUAGCAACCGAAGCACCUACGAAUGAAGCAACUAAUUCAGCCGAGUCAAAAGGAACCCCUAUGUCUGAAGUUUCUGAACCUUCUGAGUCAACAAAGCCGUCAGAAUCAUCAGAACCUUCUGAGUCAACAGAGGCACCUACAACUAAAACUACAGAAGCUUCUGAAUCAACCAAAGCAUCUAAGAAGAAAACAACUGAAAGUUCUAAAGCAACUGAAACAUCUACGACUGAAGCGACUUCAGCUUCUGGGGCAACCGAAAGAUCAACAAAUAAAGAUACUGAGGCAACCAAUGCACCUACAACUAAAGGUACUAAAGCUUCCGAUGCAACUGAAUUAUCUAUGACUGAAGCUUUUGAAGCUUCUGAAGCAACAGAGGCACCCACGACUGAAGCUAAUGAAGCCUCUGAAUCAACCGAAGCAUCGACAACUAAAGUUACUGAGGCAACCGAUGCACCUAAUUUUAAAGCAACCGAAGCUUCUGAGGCAUCAGAAGCACUCAUGAUUGAAGCUACUGAUGCUUCUGAAGCUACUGAAGUACCGACAGCUAAAGAUACUGAGGUAACCAAUGCAUCUACAACUAAAGCUACUGAAGCUUCCGAUGCAACUGAAAUAUCUAUGACUGAAGCUUUUGCAGCUUCUGAAUCAACAGAGGGACCUACGAAUGAAGCUACAGAAGCUUCUGAAUCAAUAGAAGCACCUACGAAGAAAGCAACUGAAAGUUCUAAAACAACUGAAACAUCUGCAACUGACGCGACUACAGUUUCUGGGGCAACCAAAAUACCAACAACUAAAGCUGCUAAGGCAACCGAUGCACCUACAAUUAAAGCUACUGAAGCUUCCGAUGCAACAGAAACAUCUUCGACUGAAGCUUCUAAGUCAACAGAAACACCUACGACUGAAGCAACUAAACCAGCCGAGUCAAAAGAAAGCCCUAUGACUGAAGCUAAUAAAGCCCCUGAAUCAACCGAAGCAUCGACAACUAAAGCUACUGAGGUUACCGAUGCACCUGAUUCUAAAGCAACCGAAGCUUUUGAGGCAUCAGAAGCACUCACGAUUGAAGUUACUGAUGCUUCUGAAGCUACUGAAACACAGACAGCUAAAGAUACUGAGGCAACCAAUGCAACUACAACUAAAGCUACUGAAGCUUCCGAUGCAACUGAAAUAUCUAUGACUGAAGCAUCAGAAGCUUCUGAGUCAACAGGGGGACCUAUGACUGAAACUACAGAAGAGUCUGAAUCAACCAAAGCAUCUACGAAGAAAGCAUCUGAAAGUUCUAAAGCAACUGAAACAUUAGCAAUUGAAGCGACUACAGCUUCUGGAUUCUCUAAACGUUCCGAGUCAACAGAGGCACCUACGGCUGAAGCUACUGAAGUUUCUGAAUCAAUCAAUACAUCUAUGAAGGAAGCUUUGCAAGCUUCUGCGAAAACCGAAGCACCAACAACUGAAGCUGCUGACGCAUUUGGCACAACCGAAGUACCGAGGACUGAAGUUACUGAAGCUCCUGUAGCAACCGAAGCACCUACGAAUGAAGCAACUAAUUCAGCCGAGUCAAAAGGAACCCCUAUGUCUGAAGUUUCUGUAGGUUCUGAGUCAACAAAGCCAUCUACGACUGAUGCUAAUGAAGCCUCUGAAUCAACCGAAGCAUCGACAACUAAAGCUACUGAGGCACUCGAUGCACCUAAUUCUAAAGCAACCGAAGCUUCUCAGGCAUCAGAAGCACUAAUGAUUGAAGUUACUGAUGCUUCUGAAGCUACCGAAACACCGACAGCUAAAGAUACUGAGGUAACCAAUGCAUCUACAACUAAAUCUACUGAAGCUUCCAAUGCAACUGAAAUACCUAGGACUGAAGCAUCAGAAGCUUCUGAGUCAACAGAGGCAUCUACGACUGAAACUACAAAAGCUUCUGAAUCAACCGAAGCAUCUACGAAGAAAGCAUCAGCAAGUUCUAUAGCAACUGAAACAUCUACAACUGAAGCGACUACAGCUUCUGGAUUCUCUAUACGUUCCGAGUUAACAGAGGCACCUACGGCUGAAGCUACUGAAGUUUCUGAAUCUAUCAAUGAAUCUAUGAAGGAAUCUUUUCAAGAUUCUGCGAAAACCGAAGUACCAACAACUGAAGCUACUGACGCAUUUGACGCAACUGAAGUACCUAGGACUGAAGUUACUGAAGCUCCUGUAGCAACCGAAGCAACUACGACUGAAGCAACUAAUUCAGUCGAGUCAAAAGAAACCCCUCAGUCUGAAGUUUCUGUAGGUUCUGAGUCAACAAAGCCACCUACGACUGAUGCUAAUGAAGCCUCGGAAUCAACCGAAGCAUCGAAAACUAAAGCUACUGAGGCAACCUUUGCACCUAAUUCUAAAGCAACCGAAGCUUCUGAGGCAUCAGAAGCACUCAUGAUUGAAGCUACUGAUGCUUCUGAAGCUACUGAAGUACCGACAGCCAAAGAUACUGAGGCAACCAAUGCAUCUACAACUAAAGGUACUAAAGCUUCCGAUGCAACUGAAAUAUCUAUGACUGAAGCUUUUGAAACUUCUGAAUCAAAAGAGGGACCUACGACUGAAACUACAGAAGAGUCUGAAUCAAUCGGAGCAUCUACGAAGAAAGCAUCUGAAAGCUCUAAAGCAACUGAAACAUUAGCAACUGAAGCGACUACAGCUUCUGGUUUCUCUAAACGGUCCGAGUCAACAGAGGCUCCUACGGCUGAAGCUACAGAAGAUUCUGAAUUAACCGAAGCAUCUACAAAGAAAGGAUCUGAAAGUUCUAAAGCAACUGAAACAUCUACAACUGAAGCGACAACAACUUCUGGGGCAACCGAACGAUCAACAACUAAAGAAACUGAGGUAACCGAUGCAUCUACAACUAAAGCUACUGAAGCUUCCAAUGCAACUGAAAUACCUAGGACUGAAGCAUCAGAAGCUUCUGAGUCAACAGAGGCAUCUACGACUGAAACUACAAAAGCUUCUGAAUCAACCGAAGCAUCUACGAAGAAAGCAUCAGCAAGUUCUAUAGCAACUGAAACAUCUGUGACUGAAGCGACUACAGCUUCUGGAUUCUCUAAACGUUCCGAGUCAACAGAGGCACCUACGGCUGAAGCUACUGAAGUUUCUGAAUCUAUCAAUGCAUCUAUGAAGGAAUCUUUUCAAGAUUCUGCGAAAACCGAAGUACCAACAACUGAAGCUACUGACGCAUUUGACGCAACUGAAGUACCUAGGACUGAAGUUACUGAAGCUCCUGUAGCAACCGAAGCACCUACGACUGAAGCAACUAAACCAGCCGAAUCAAAAGAAACCCCCAUGUCUGAAGUUUCUGAAGCUUCUGAGUCAACAGAGGCACCCACGACUGAAACUAAUGAAGCUUCGGAAUCAACCGAAGCAUCGACAACUAAAGCUACUGAGGCAACCUUUGCACCUAAUUCUAAAGCAACGGAAGCUUCUGAGGCAUCAGAAGCACUCACGAUUGAAGUUACUGAUGUUUCUGAAGCUACUGAAACACCGACAGCCAAAGAUACAGAGGCAACCAAUGCACCUACAACUAAAGGUACUAAAGCUUCCGAUGCAACUGAAAUAUCUAUGACUGAAGCUUUUGAAACUUCUGAAUCAAAAGAGGGACCUACGACUGAAACUACAGAAGAGUCUGAAUCAACCGGAGCAUCUACGAAGAAAGCAUCUGAAAGCUCUAAAGCAACUGAAACAUUAGCAACUGAAGCGACUACAGCUUCUGGUUUCUCUAAACGGUCCGAGUCAACAGAGGCACCUACGGCUGAAGCUACAGAAGAUUCUGAAUUAACCGAAGCAUCUACAAAGAAAGGAUCUGAAAGUUCUAAAGCAACUGAAACAUCUACAACUGAAGCGACAACAACUUCUGGGGCAACCGAACGAUCAACAACUAAAGAAACUGAGGUAACCGAUGCAUCUACAACUAAAGCUACUGAAGCUUCCAAUGCAACUGAAAUACCUAGGACUGAAGCAUCAGAAGCUUCUGAGUCAACAGAGGCAUCUACGACUGAAACUACAAAAGCUUCUGAAUCAACCGAAGCAUCUACGAAGAAAGCAUCAGCAAGUUCUAUGGCAACUGAAACAUCUGCGACUGAAGCGACUACAGCUUCUGGAUUCUCUAAACGUUCCGAGUCAACAGAGGCACCUACGGCUGAAGCUACUGAAGUUUCUGAAUCAAUCAAUGCAUCUAUGAAGGAAGCUUUUCAAGAUUCUGCGAAAACCGAAGUACCAAUAACUGAAGCUACUGACGCAUUUGACGCAACUGAAGUACCUAGGACUGAAGUUACUGAAGCUCCUGUAGCAACCGAAGCACCUACGACUGAAGCAACUAAACCAGCCGAAUCAAAAGAAACCCCCAUGUCUGAAGUUUCUGAAGCUUCUGAGUCAACAGAGGCACCCACGACUGAAACUAAUGAAGCUUCGGAAUCAACCGAAGCAUCGACAACUAAAGCUACUGAGGCAAACUUUGCACCUAAUUCUAAAGCAACGGAAGCUUCUGAGGCAUCAGAAGCACUCACGAUUGAAGUUACUGAUGUUUCUAAAGCUACUGAAACACCGACAGCCAAAGAUACUGAGGCAACCAAUGCAUCUACAAGUAAAGGUACUAAAGCUUCCGAUGCAACUGAAAUAUCUAUGACUGAAGCUUUUGAAACUUCUGAAUCAAAAGAGGGACCUACGACUGAAACUACAGAAGAGUCUGAAUCAACCGGAGCAUCUACGAAGAAAGCAUCUGAAAGCUCUAAAGCAACUGAAACAUUAGCAACUGAAGCGACUACAGCUUCUGGUUUCUCUAAACGGUCCGAGUCAACAGAGGCUCCUACGGCUGAAGCUACAGAAGAUUCUGAAUUAACCGAAGCAUCUACAAAGAAAGGAUCUGAAAGUUCUAAAGCAACUGAAACAUCUACAACUGAAGCGACAACAACUUCUGGGGCAACCGAACGAUCAACAACUAAAGAAACUGAGGUAACCGAUGCAUCUACAACUAAAGCUACUGAAGCUUCCAAUGCAACUGAAAUACCUAGGACUGAAGCAUCAGAAGCUUCUGAGUCAACAGAGGCAUCUACGACUGAAACUACAAAAGCUUCUGAAUCAACCGAAGCAUCUACGAAGAAAGCAUCAGCAAGUUCUAUAGCAACUGAAACAUCUGUGACUGAAGCGACUACAGCUUCUGGAUUCUCUAAACGUUCCGAGUCAACAGAGGCACCUACGGCUGAAGCUACUGAAGUUUCUGAAUCUAUCAAUGCAUCUAUGAAGGAAUCUUUUCAAGAUUCUGCGAAAACCGAAGUACCAACAACUGAAGCUACUGACGCAUUUGACACAACUGAAGUACCUAGGACGAAAUUUACUGAAGCUCCUGUAGCAACCGAAGCACCUACGACUGAUGCAACUAAACCAGCCGAAUCAAAAGAAACCCCUAGGACUGAAUUUACUGAAGCUCCUGUAGCAACCGAAGCACCUUCGACUAAUGCAACUAAACCAGCCGAGUCAAAAGAAACCCCUAUGUCUGAAGUUUCUGAAGCUUCUGAGUCAACAGAGGCACCCACGACUGAAACUAAUGAAGCCUCGGAAUCAACCGAAGCAUCGACAACUAAAGCUACUGAGGCAACUUAUGCACCAAAUUCUAAAGCAACCGAAGUUUCUGGUGCAUCAAAAGCACUCAUGAUUGAAGCUACUGAUGCUUCUGAAGCUACUGAAGUACCGACAGCUGAAGAUACUGAGGCAUCCAAUGCACCUACAACAAAAGCUGAAACUUCAACAAAAACUGAACCUUCCGAUGCAGCUGGUUUACCUACGACUGAAGCUUCAGAAGCUUCUGAGUCAACAGAGGCACCUAGGACUGAAAUAACAGAAGCUUCUGAAUCAACCGAAGCAUCUGAAAGUUCUAAAGCAACUGAGACAUCUAUAACUGAAGCGACUUUAGCUUCUGGGGCAACUGAAAGAUCAACAAAUAAAGAUACUAAAGCAACCAAUGCACCUACAACUAAAGGUACUAAAGCUUCCGAUGCAACUGAAAUAUCUAUGACUGAAGCUUUUGCAGCUACUGAAUCAACAGAAGGACCUACGAAUGAAGCUACAGAAGCUUCUGAAUCAACCGAAGCAUCAAAAACCAAAGCUACUGAGGCAACCGAUGCACCUUAUUCUAAAGCAACCGAAGCUUCUGAGGCAUCAGAAGCACUCAUGAUUGAAGCUACUGAUGCUUCUGAAGCUACUGAAGUACCGACAGCUAAAGAUACUGAGGUAACCAAUGCAUCUACAACUAAAGCUACUGAAGCUUCCGAUGCAACUGAAAUAUCUAUGACUGAAGCUUUUGCAGCUUCUGAAUCAACAGAGGGACCUACGAAUGAAGCUACAGAAGCUUCUGAAUCAACAGAAGCACCUACGAAGAAGGCAACUGACAGUUCUAAAACAACUGAAACAUCUGCAACUGACGCGACUACAGUUUCUGGGGCAACCAAAAUACCAACAACUAAAGCUGCUAAGGCAACCAAUGCACCUACAACUAAAGGUACUAAAGCUUCCGAUGCAAAUGAAAUAUUUAUGACUGAAGCUUUUGCAGCUUCUGAAUCAACAGAGGGACCUACGAAUGAAGCUACAGAAGCUUCUGAAUCAACCAAAGCAUCGACAAAUAAAGCUAAUGAGGCAAAUGAUGCACCUAAUUCUAAAGCAACCGAAGCUUCUGAGGCAUCAGAAGCACUCAUGAUUGAAGCUACUGAUGCUUCUGAAGCUACUGAAGUACCGACAUCUAUAGAUACUGAGGCAACCAAUGCACAUACAACAAAAGCUACUGAAACUUCCGAUGCAACUGGAAUACCUACGAAUGAAGCUUCAGAAGCUUCUGAGUCAACAGAGGCACCUGCGACUGAAACUACUAAACCAGCUGAGUUAAAAGAAACCCCUAUGUCUAAAGUUUCUGAAGCUCUACAAUCAACCGAAGCAUCGACAACUAAAACUACUGAGGCAACCGAAGCUUCUGAGGUAUCAGAAGCACCAACAUCAAAAGCUUCUGAAGCUUCCGAGGAACCUACAAUUAACGCUACUGAAGCUUCUGAUGCAUUUUUAACUGAAGUUACUAAUGAAUCAUCACCAUCCAAAGCUGAGGCACCAACAACUAAAGUUACGGUGGCAACAGAAGUAUCUACAAUUAAAGCAAAUGAAGCUUCCGAGGCAUCAGAAGCAAUUAGGACUAAAGCUAUUGAUGCACCUGAAGCUACCGAAGCACCAAUGAAUAAAGCUACUGACGCUUUUGAAGUUACUGAAUCUCCUGAAACAACCGAGGCACCUACGACUUUAGCCACUAAGGCAACCGAGGCAACAGAAGCACCUUCGUAUGAAGCUUCUGAAGCUCCUGAGUCAACCGAAGCAACAACAACUCAAGUUAUUGAGGCAAAGUAUACACCUACAACUAAAACCAUUGAAACUUCCGAUGCAACGGAAGCACCUAUGACUGAAGCUUUUGAGGCUUCUCAGGCAACUGAACGAUCUACAGCUAACGCUAAUGAGGCAACAGAGGCAGCUACAGCUUAUGAUAGUCAAGCAACUGAGGCACCUACAAGGAGCGCUGCCGAGUUAAGUGAAGCACCAUCAACUGUAGCUACUGCCGCUUCUGAAAUAACAGAAGUACGUACAAGUCAAUCUUCUGAGGCAACUAAAACACCAAAAAUUAAAACUACUAAGGCAAUCGAGGCACCUACAACAAAAACAUCUAUGACUCAAGCUACUGAAGCUUCCGAAGCUUCCGAAGCACCUACGACUGAAGCUACUGAAGCUUCUCAGGCAACCGAAGCACCUACCACUAAAGCUAGGUAUACUUCUGAGGCAACAGCAAUACCUACAAUUGAAGCUACUGAAGCUUUUGAAACAACCGAAGCACUUAUGAUUAAAGCUACUUCAACUUCUGAAGCGCAAGAAUUACCUACAACUGAAGUUACUUAUGCUUCUGAAGCCACUGGUGCACCUACAAGUAUAGCUACCGAAGCAACUGGAGAACCUACAACAAAUUUAACUGUAGCAACCAAAGUGCAUACAAAUAAAGCUUCUGAAGCAACUGAAACACCAACAACUGAAGCUUCUGAAACAAACGAAGCUACUGGGGCAACAGAGGCACUUACAUCUAAAGCUACUGUGGGAACCGAGGCUCUUGCAACUAAAGCUACUGAAGCUUCCAAAGUACCUACGACUAAAGCUACUAAAACUUUUGAGGCAACAGACGCACCUACAGCUGAUCCCACUGAAAAUUUUGAAGCCAUCGAAGCACCUAGAAGUAAAGUUUCUGAAUCAACCUCAGCACAAACAACUAAAACUACCGAAGAUUCUGAUGUAAACAUAGCAACUAAAACUAAAGCAACUCUGGCAACCGAAUCACUUACUGAUGCAACUGAAGCUUCUGAUGUAAUCGAAGUAACUAAGACUAAAGCUACUGAGGCAAAUAAAGUACUUAGAUAUGGAACAACUGAAGCUUUUAUGGCAACAGAAUCACCAGAGACGGAAGUUUCUGAAUCAACAAACACACCAACAAAAAAACGUUCUGAGAGAACUGAAGGACCUACAAAAGGUUCUGAGAAAACCAGUGUUGCCGGAUCGGCACCAACAAUGACGCCAUCGGCAACUACAUCUAAGCCAAUUUUAUUACGAUGUUCAUGUUACAAAGAACGUCGUUGGAGAAAUUAA